AUGGACCAAGGUAAAUAAUCCUCCAAAAGCAGCAUAAAGGUCGGAAUACAACCUAAAACAUUUGCCAAUCCAGUGCAGAAUCCCAACAUGUCUGGUUAAUUGGGCUCGGACUAGAAACCAAAAUCUAGAUUUGUAUAACCUAAUAUGGCUAAUUAUGCAGCAAUGCCAGCAUCAUAAAAAGUCUCCAUUAAACCAGUUGACAUGAGUCAGCAAUCAAAUAAAAGAAAUGAGGAUGUUAAUUUAGCCACUUUUCUUGUGCCUGAUGGAAUGACCAAAGAAUAAUAUUAAUAAUAAAGUGCAGUCGUUUCUCAAAACUUUUAAAUUGUUGAUCUCUAUCCCGUUUAAAUUAAAGAUGCUGACAUUAAAGAUGAAUAAGACACUGCUGCAAGUUAAGAAUAAGAGGAAGUCACGCCCUAUUAAAUUAGUGUUUACCAUCUCAAAGCUCAAAGAUAAAAUUUUAAUAUUGUCUUGAAUGUCAAGGAUUCGGAUGAUAGAAACACAAGAAAAGAGGUCAAUUAUUAAGAAACAGAAAUCGGAAAGUUUGGAAACGCUGCCGUUAAUAUGAUUUAUCGAUAGAAGUUAUUGUACUUGCCUCAAAAGUCAAUCAAACUAGAAUAACAAUAAGGGAGAGUUCUGCCUGUUGCACUCGAAACACUACCUUAAUCAUAGGACAAUUAUAAGAGAAUUUCUAUUAAAUUAUCUGAUCAAGUUUAAGCCAUUUUGUAGCAAAUUAAAGAGAAUACUUCCUAAUUUGAUUAGGUUGUUAAAGAACUAUCAAAAUAUUCAGUAGUCUCUUAGGUUAAGUAAAUAGUUAUUGAUAAGUCAUAUAAUAAAAUAUUGGAUAGAUUAACUGUGUUGCAAUAAAUAAUGAAUCAGAAUCUAAAUAAGAUCAAUGAACUUAUUUAACUUACUGAAAUUCAAAAUGAAAAAGUUCCAGCAGUUUCAAUGUAGAAUAUGGUUGAUUUUAUCCUGAAAUUGCCACAAUCAUAAAGCAUUGAAUUUUAAUAACUUAAAUAUGCUUCAUUUUAUACUUGUUAAAUUAUGUGUAAAUAAUUGGAAGUACAAGAAGAAUAAUGUACGAGUUGCUCUUAAUUUGUAAUUCAAUUCAAUCAAGGUGUUGAUGCUGUGUAAAUUUUGUAUGAUUUUGCCAAACUGAAGAUGCCGAAAUUAUACAACAAAUUGGAUAUAAGUAACAAUAAAUUGAAUCUCAUUGUGUUGCCAUAUUUAGAAUUUCGAUAAAAGAAUGAUUUUAUCCUUCAAGAUAUUUAGAAAUACCUAAUAAAAAUGACAGAGAAGAAGUAUUUCAUUAUGAAAACUCUGAUGCAGGAGAUCAUGACAAAAGAAGAAGUGGAACAACUAGAUUAAAUCUAUAUCUUAAAUCAAUAUGCCACUUAUAGGAACCAGAUAAUCAGAAAUCCAAAUAAAUUUAAUUAUGAAAUUCUCAAAAAAAGACCACUCUUCAUUCUUUAAUAAAUUAAAUUGUAACAAUUCUUAUAAAUUAGACUCUUUCAUGCUCAACUGUAAAUCGAAGACUUAUUUUAUAAAAUCUAAAAUCUGUAAAAUGUGUAUGACACUUAUGUUCAAUUUCCCAAUUUCGAAUAACAACUAAAGCAGGUUCAAUUGAAUAAGAUGAAAAUCUAAAAGCAAACUCUAGAGACUGAUGAUUAAGAAGUAUUCAGAGAUAAAGUAGUUGAAUUGAAACAAGAUAUGGACAUAUUGUUUAAGUUUCAAAACAUGUUUCCUAGUGAAGUGGAAGGUCUUCCAUAUGGAUUUAUACGCAUUAAAGAUUGGAUAGAUUGCGAAAUCGGAUCUGGGUUGACUUUGCUAAGAAUAUUGAAUAGCAAAUUGCAUUCCAUUGAUAUAUUGGAGAACUAAAUCAGUGAAGCUGAGGGUUUACAAUUAAUUGAAAAGAGUAAGAAAUUAAUUGCCUAAAUUCAAAAAUUGAUUGAUUAAGAAAUUCCGCUUAACUAUUAUGAUUCUAAAUUGAAAUUGCCAUCAGAAAUCCACAAUGCUGUCUUAGAAAUUACGAAUAAAUAUUUAUUGGAUGACGAAGCCAAGCAAACUCCUUAAAGAACGCCUUUGCAAUUACCACUUGCUACACCAAAUGCAUAAAUGAAUUUAUUAGAAUAAUGCUCUAAGGUUCUUGAAAGACUGUCCAAAGCCAGAGAGAGUAUAUUGAUUAAAAAACAAAUAAUACAGGAAAUAAGCACUCAAUAUACAUCACUCAAUGAUUAUUGCUUUAAAUAUCAAAUUUGGGAACACAUCAAUGCAACAAGGUAUUUGAUGACCUCACAAAUGUUCUAUGAUAUUAUAUCUACCAUCAUUAGUGUAGAUCCAUAAAAAUUUACUCUUGAUGGUAUUAUCAAGAAAAUUAGAGACCACAUGAUAUAUUUUGAAAUGAAUUAGAAUGUUUAAACCAGUGUUUAUUUUAAAGUACAUCUAAAAGAUGGCCUUCAGUUAUUAUAAUUAUUUAAAGAAAGUUAGGAUGAAUAUAGUAGAUUAUUAAUAGCUAAUUCAAAGAAGCCAGGAUCAGUAUCAAUCGAUUCAUUAAUAAAUUCCUUAACCAACAAUGUGAAUAACUUUCUAAAAAUUAAGACAUGCACAUUAACUUAAUAGAAGGAUGCAAUUUUGAGAGCCAUGCCAUAGUACAUUGGAAUGAUUAAAGAGUAAUUUGAGGAUUCAUCUAAGGCUGCUGAACUUGAUUAAAAGUUCUCUGAAGCAGAAACUGUGCUUGUUGAAACAGAUUCAUUCUUUCAAAAAGGAGAAAACAAAUUAGGAAAGAUUUAUGAAUUAGGAGUUGAAGCAGUUGGCUAAGAAAAAACAAAAAAAACAAUGUCUCUUGAACAAUUUAGAAUGAGUUUAGGCUUUGAUUCAUAAAUCUAAAUUUUGAAAGAUAAAGCAGAAGCAGCUCAUAAUUAAUUCUUGAUGUAUAAAGAAAAAUUAUCUCUAAACAGUCUUCCAAUCUACAAGAAUAAGUUAGAAUAGAAAUUGAAGGAAUUUGACUCCUUAAAUCAAACUAUUCUUAUGUUCGAUAAGACUAUUACUUCAAUUUAUUAUAGUUCCAUUGAUUUUCUAGAUGCCUUAACUGAAUUGCAAUAGAAAAUUGAAAAUAUGCUCUCCUUGGCUAAUUCUUCCUUCAUUUUAGAAGGAUUAAACAAAUAAUUGAAACAACAAUAGGAAACUUAUGGAGAAGUGAAAAAGAUUUAAUCAGGAGUGAAAUUACACCCAUCAAUAGAACCUAUUGUUUUAACUACCUAAGAAAUUUAGGUUAAUUUGAUCGAAAUGCUCACGAAUAUGAUCUAAAUUAUCACAGCAUUUGUUGAAAUAUAUGAUGGUUUCAUGUUGUUUUAGGACUAAAUCAACUUACUAAGUGAGGAAUUCUUUUAAACUGUGUAUAGAUGGUUAACAUUUUUUGAAGGAAAACCAUCUGAUAGAAAAUUAAUCUAUACGGAGGCUCUGGCAAAAAUAGAUGUAGCUAUUGAAAAAAUUGGAAAGUUUCCAAUUCUAAGAGUUCCUUGUACCAAAAUUUAUUAGACUUUAAAAAAAGUUGUUGAAACUUAUUAAAGAGAUGUCAAUACUGAAGUUAUGAAAAUGCUUUCAGAGUUUGGAUAAACCUAUUAAACUAAGGGAAAUAAAGUGCAAAGCUUCUAAGAAUUCUAAAAUGAAUUAACAUAUUUAUUAACACCUGAAAAUUCCAAAGAAGCCACUAGAAAAGCAUUACAAGCAUUUUUUGAAAAAAACAAAAAGGCAGAACAACCAUUAUCAAGAAUGUCUUAAUUUGUUAAGGCCACCUAAACUAUUUCAAAGGAUGAAAGAUUGAAAUCUAUGAAAAGGUUAAAAAAGCUAUAGAAUCCAGAUGAAAUUCAGACUCAAAUGGGUGGUGGACAAAUGGAUUAGUGGAUAGCCUCUUGUAAAAAUAUGACAAAUGCUUUGGAAAUGUAUUUUAAGAACGUAAAUGACAAUCAACUCCAACCUUUAGUAAAUUACACAUGUAAAAUAAUUAAAUUAUCAUAUAGAAAAAAUCGAAGAUUCUGCUAAGGGAAUGAGUAAUUAAGAUCUAAAGAAAUUUAUUGGUAGAUUUUUAGAAAUGCUUAAGAUAGAUUAUAAUCUCAGUAAAUUUUAAUGACUCUUUUAAUAUUAUAUUUUGUUAAAUAUAUAAUCAAGUUGUAAUUAAGAAUUGUCUUUUAUCAAACUAAAUAACUAGAUUGUAUAAAUACUAAAAAAUGCUAUAUGACAUACAAUAUUCCAAUUAUCGUUGUGCAGAUUGCAACAGAUAAACCAUAAUCAUGUAAGGACAUAUGUCUUGCAGUUUUAUUAUUUUCCGCAUAUAACCAUAACGCUAGACUAAAAAAUUAAUAUUCCAUACAAUAAGCAGAAUAGACCUCUUCCAAAUUGAUUGCAGGCAAAGUAAAAUUUUUCCACCAUAUCUAACCUUUUUGUUUCGCCCAGCAAUAGCAAAAAAUUCAUAAGCCUAAUCCAUUAUACAAAAAUAGUACAUUAAAUUAAUGUUUGUCAUAAUAGAGUUUAUUUUAUAAAUAUCCUAUUCUAUACAAUAAAUGGUGGACCAAAUACAAAAAAUGA